AUGGAAUACAGAAACAAUGUGACCGAGUUUGUGCUCCUGGGACUCACACAGAACCCACAUAUGAAGAAAAUCAUAUUUGCUGUGUUUUUGGUCAUCUACAUAGUCUCUGUGGUAGGAAACUUGCUCAUUCUGAUCACCAUUACAAACAGCCAACUGUUGGGUUCCCCUAUGUACUAUUUUCUGACCUAUCUCUCCUUCAUUGAUGCCUGCUACUCCUCUGUCAGUACUCCUAAGCUGAUUGUUGAUUCACUCCAUGAAAGGAAGUCCAUUCAAUUCAAUGGAUGCAUGACCCAAGUCUUUGGGGAACAUUUCUUUGGAGGUGCUGAGGUGAUCUUGCUUACUGUCAUGGCGUAUGACCGCUAUGUUGCCAUUUGCAAACCACUGCACUAUGCAGCCAUCAUGAACAGACGACUCUGUAAUUUACUGGUGGGAGUUUCAUGGGCUGGAGGCUUUCUUCAUGGAGGUAUACAAAUUCUUUUCAUUAUUAGACUACCUUUCUGUGGCCCUAAUGUCAUAGAUCACUUUAUGUGUGAUCUGAACCCUUUGCUUGAUCUAGCCUGUGUUGAUACCCACAAUCUAGGUUUCUUUGUUGCUGCCAACAGUGGCUUCAUCUGUCUGUUAAUCUUUCUCCUUCUGCUCAUCUCCUACGUGGUCAUCCUUUAUACACUAAGAACCCACAGUGCAGAAGGAAGGCGCAAAGCCCUCUCUACCUGUGUUUCUCAUAUUAUAGUGGUAGUUUUACUUUUUGUACCCUGCACAUUUGUGUACAUGAGACCUGCAGGUACUUUCCCUGAGGACAAAAUCUUUGCCUUAUUUUACACCAUUAUUGCUCCUAUGUUCAACCCUCUCAUCUAUACCCUAAGGAAUUUAGAGAUGAAGAAUGCCAUGAAGAAGGUUUGGUGUUAA